GUAUUGUAAACAAAAUUCCGUGUGUAUGAGUCACGUUGUUUGAAUCGUGGUAGUAGAGGCAGGGAAUGGGAUAGACAUUUUCGUAGUAUAACGUGUUAUUUAGGUAGUUUCAGUCAGUGUGUAAGGACUCAGAAAGCUCUAAUGCUCGUCACUGUUUCUUUUAACGUUAAAUAUCGAUUCCGAUUUCUUUUGCAGAAAAUUUGGCCAUUGCCGUGACGAUGUUUCUAAUUUUUCAAAAUUUUAUUAUCAUACGUUUCAGACUGUUUUAGAUUAAUGGCAUUUUCCGUAGGACCACGUCGUAUGCUUUUAGAAUAUCAGACAUUAAGAUCACGGGAUUGUUUGUUGUAGUCCUAUUUAUGGCAUUUUACAUUUUUAUUUUCUUUAUACAGGGCCCCUUCAUUAGCAGCAAAAUCAACUCUGCCCCAUUACACUUUCGUUAAUUUAUAUUGAUAGACACGCAGUAAAUCAGUGUUCUGUUUCCUUGUCAAUUUACUUUGUUUUAGUGCUUAAGUCAGUAGACACAUUAACUAAUAUAAAUGGGCUCAAGAUGAGAUUAGAAGAAUAAAUCGUGGUGGUGCUCUUUAUUUUCAGCUCCAAAUAUCUUUAUGAUUAUUAUAUAAAAAUUUGCUCUCUAUUUUGUAUGGAGUAAAACAUGGUUUACUGAACAUAAAUUAUGCAUAUUCAAAAACAAAAAGUGUUCAAGAAAAUGUUUCCUAUGGAGAAUGAACUAAGCAAGCUUUAUAUUUUAGGGAGCUAAAAUUUUGCAAAAAGACUUUUCUCAAUAGAAUCCACAGAAACUUUCAAAAUAAUAGAGGUUCAGGUUAUGGUAUAAAAUCAAAUUCCUGAUUAAUGUGUAGUACAUGUACUAUCAGGAAUUGUUUUAUCUAAGAAUAUUGAUAUUUAAAAUCAGUUUCUUUCCUGACUUGUCGUAUGAUUAUUGUGUAUUAGCACAAUGGGGCGUAAAGUGACAAUUGCAGUUUGCACCCUGAAUCAGUGGGCCCUUGAUUUUGAAGGAAAUCUUCACAGAAUUCUCCAGAGUAUCCAGGAGGCCAGGGAAGCGGGAGCAAGUUUCCGUAGUGGUCCCGAACUAGAAAUAUGUGGGUACAGCUGUGAGGACCAUUUCUAUGAGAGUGACACCCUUCUUCAUUGCUGGGAAGUGUUCCUUGAGUUGCUAAUCAGUCCAGUAUGUAAAGAUAUAUUGAUUGAUGUUGGGAUGCCUGUCAUGCAUAAGAACGUCACUUACAACUGCCGGGUGGUGUUUUAUAACAGGAAGGUCCUGUUGAUCAGGCCCAAGACGAAGCUGUGUGAGGAUGGUAAUUACAGAGAAAGUCGGUGGUUUUCACCUUGGAGAAAGGAGCGAGUUCUGGAAGAAUAUUACCUGCCACGGAUGAUCUCAGCGUACACAGGACAGACAGUUGUAUCAUUUGGUGACGGUGUUAUUUCUACAAAGGACACUUGUAUUGGUUUUGAAAUCUGUGAAGAACUCUGGAACCCACAGAGUACUCACAUUGCAAUGGGACUGGAUGGCGUUGAACUCAUUGUCAAUGGCUCAGGCUCAUACAUGGAACUGCGGAAGGCUUAUGUGACUGUAGACCUUGUCAAGUCUGCUACACUGAAGUGUGGAGGGUGUUACUUAUUCAGCAACCUGCGAGGAUGUGAUGGGCAGCGUGUCUACUUCAAUGGUUGUUCCUGCAUUGCUAUCAAUGGCUAUAUUGUAAACCGUAGCCAGCAAUUUGGGCUGCAAGAAGUGGAAGUAGUUGUGGCAACAGUGGAUCUGGAAGACAUCCGUGCAUAUCGCAAUGCCAUCCGCUCACGUUCACACCUUGCAGCCACAUCGCCUGCUUAUCCUCGAAUCCAAGCAGAUGUUUCCCUCUCAGCUGAGAAAGGAAUUGGGUUGCCUACAUGUGAACCAAUUGAAUGGUUAUAUCACUCUCCUGAGGAAGAAAUUGCCCUAGGUCCAGCGUGCUGGCUCUGGGACUAUCUCAGACGAUCCGGUCAGGGUGGUUUUUUCCUGCCACUGAGUGGCGGCGUUGACUCUUCCAGUGUUGCCAGUAUUGUGUUCUCGAUGUGCCAUCUGGUUGUAGAUGCCAUUCAGAGGGGAGAUUGUAAGGUUCUGUCAGACGUGCGUCGAAUUGUCUGUGAUGGGGAAUAUGUGCCAGUGGAACCACGAGAAUUAUGUGGCCUCUUGUUUGUUACUUGCUACAUGGGCAGUGAAAAUUCAUCGCAAGAAACUAAGAAACGUGCAUUGUCUCUUGCUGAGCAGAUUGGCAGUUACCAUAUGACCAUCAGUAUUGAUGUGGCAGUGUCUGCUGUACUUGGGAUUUUCACUGCUAUGUCAGGAUUAGUUCCAAGAUUUGCCUCUAGGGGUGGCAGUGCUAGGGAAAGCCUUGCAUUGCAGAAUGUUCAGGCUCGGCUACGUAUGGUCCUAGCAUACCUGUUUGCCCAGCUGAUGCUUUGGGUUCGGAAACGCUCAGGAGGUCUCUUAGUUUUGGGGUCAGCAAAUGUGGACGAAGCAUUACGUGGUUACAUGACUAAGUAUGACUGCUCAAGUGCAGAUGUAAAUCCCAUUGGAGGAAUCUCCAAAACUGAUCUACGCAGCUUCCUGCUUUAUGCCAAGAACAAGUUUAAUCUGCCAGUACUAAGUGAAAUCCUUGGAGCUCCACCUACUGCUGAACUUGAACCACUCGAAGGUGGCCGCCUCACUCAAACAGAUGAAGAAGAUAUGGGUAUGACAUACGCAGAGUUGUCAGUGUUUGGACGUCUCCGCAAACAGAAUAAAUGUGGACCCUACUCCAUGUUCUGCAAGCUUAUUCAUACAUGGCGUGGAGACUGCACUCCAGAGCAAGUCUCGAACAAGGUGAAACAUUUCUUCCGCUGUUAUGCCAUCAACAGGCACAAGAUGACGGUGCUGACCCCUGCAUAUCACGCUGAGAGCUACUCACCUGAUGACAACCGUUAUGACCACCGACCUUUCCUGUACAAUGCACAGUGGACAUGGCAGUUCAGAGCCAUGGACGAACAGCUGCAAACAGUGAUUACAAGUGGUGAUGGUCAUUGGGAAGAACAUACAAAUAAAGGUUUGACUGGGCAUAAGGGACCCUCAUCUGUAUCAGGAAGUCGUGGGAGUGUCACAGGGGGCACACCUUCUUCAUCUACAGUCAGCAAAAUUCUUAAAGACCCACACAAAGGUGUUGUAGUACCAGCAGAGACACCUGUAAAUGAUUCUGCGAUGGAGGAGUUGGAAGCACAAACCAGAUGGCACCAUCCAUCGUCAUAUAAUAAUCUAGUGUUAUCUGCAGCUGAAUAAUUCUCCUUCAUAUACUCUGCUGGUCAUAACAAAUUUUUGUGACUUAUCAGAGGGAACAGAAUGGGUUGUUCCAUGAGUGCAAGUUCAAGUGUAGAUAAAUAUACGGUGAUUCACUCUCA